AUGCCCGGCAUGUUCUCGCGCCUUAGAGCCCCGGUGGCUCUCUUCUGGGCACUCAGCCUACCCUCUACCCAGGCGGACCAAACAACAACCAUCACAACGGACCUCUACCCUGAAACCUGGGGUGGCUGGGGCGUAUCAUUAGCCUGGUGGGCCAAUAUAUUCGGAUAUCGAGAAGACCUAGCAGAUAUUGUCUUCACCAGAGACUCGACCUAUUGGAGUCCCGGCGAUGAGACCUUACCUGGUCUAGGCCUGAAUAUCUUGCGAUAUAAUGCCGGUGCUUGCUCGUGGAACACCAUCAACGGUACUAUCUCGAUGGUGGCAUCGUCUAAUAUUCCAAAGGCAAAGCAGAUGGAGGGAUACUGGAUAGAUGAUUCGAGCACGGAUCCCAGCUCGUCGAGCUGGAACUGGACUGUCGAUGCUAAUCAGCGUACCAUGAUGCUCAAUGCUCAGGCAAGAGGCGCUGAUACUUUCGAACUGUUCUCUAAUUCUCCGAUGUGGUGGCAACUCGAUAAUCUCAAUCCUAGUGGUGCUUCCGAUGGAGGAAGUAACUUGCCUACUUCUCAGUAUACAAAUCAUGCGAUAUACCUAUCGACGAUUGCUCAGUAUGCCCAGGAGAACUGGGGUCUUACUUUCACCUCUAUUGAGGCAUUUAAUGAACCUGCUUCGGAUUGGUGGGUCUCAACAGGUACUCAGGAGGGCUGUCAUUUUGAUGCGUCAUCUCAAGCAUCACUCAUCCCAAUUCUGUAUAAAGAAAUGCAAGCGCGAGGCCUGGACCAAACAAUCAUCGCGUCAUCGGACGAAAAUACCUUCGAACUAACACUGGAAGGCUGGGACACCAUUACCGAAACCACAGAGAAGGCAUAUGUCGGUCGUGUAAACUCUCACGGCUAUGAGGGUCUGAGUGGUCCACGAUCCAAACUCCGAGCAGCCGCGACAAGUGCGGGACAACUUCUCUGGGAUAGUGAAUAUGGAGAUAGUGACUCAACAGGCGCAACAGCCGUGCAACUCAUCAUGACAGAUAUCAGACUCUUACAGCCAAAUGCUUGGGUUCACUGGCAAGUUAUUGACUCCUCAGACUGGGGUCUCAUCAAUGGCGAUAUUACAUCCGAUACUCUUGACGGUGCUACAACGAAAUACUACAUGCUGGCUCAGUUCAGUCGGCAUAUUCGGUCUGGGAUGCGCAUUUUGAACAGUACCUCGAGCAAUGUUAUUCCGGCUAUCAAUCAAGAUAAUGCUACACUGGUUAUUGUUGUGGCUAAUUGGGAUGAGGAUCAGACGUUUACUUUUGAUUUGUCGGCUUUCUCACAGGUUCCAGAUGAUGGGACGGCGAUUAGUAGUUGGUUGACUGAUACAAGUGGAGAGAAGCUUUAUGCCAGUGAUGAUAGUGUGACUAUUGAGAACUCAGCUAUCUCGCUCUCGAUUGCGAACUCGACUGUGCAGACUUUUGAGAUUUACGGAGUGGCUAUCUAG